AUGACCAACAUGAUGGAGCGGCCUGCGUCGGUCUCGGACCGCGUCUUGACGUCCGGCCGGCGGCUUAAGAUGGGCCUCUCGUCGCUCAAGUCGAUCGAGAUCCGCGAAACGACCGCGGCCCUGCGCAUCCAGCAGUUCUACCGCAAGUACCUCGUCAAGUGCAGCCGGCCGCUUGUCGUGCGCCCGCCCGCCAGCUCCAAGAAGCUCAAGGUCACGAACGACACGCUCGCGCUCACGACGGCGUUCUUCACGUCCACGAUGGCGUCCACGAAGCAGCUCCAUGCGCGCGAAAUGCUUCACAAGCCGACGCUCGUCGACGACCAUGCACCGGUCGCGCACGUGGACCUCAAGGCCGCCGAGCCUGCGCUCCUAUCGGCCGCAAUGAAGGAGCUCGCCGCGCUUCGAUGCUCGAGCCCGUCCGAGGCCGACGUCACGGACGCCGACCUUUUGGUUCACGACCAAUUUGUCAACAUGAUGCACGAAAAGUGGCUCCUUUGCAACACGGCCGAGCGCCAGCGCAUCCACGAGCCGUCGACAGAGACAAAGCUGCCGUUCUACGCGGCGGUCUGCGACGUGCGUCCGUGGUUCUCGGACCUCGUCUUCGUGGCGCGUGGCGGGCCCAUCGUGCCGCAUGUGCAGCAGGUAAUGACGGGCCCAUCGAGUGCCAAGCACCUACGUGGCGUGAUCGCUGCCAUCACGGCGCUCAAUGCGACCGAGCAGUGGGCGCCCGACGCCACAUCGCUCUUGCCCAAGGUCCGCAAGCUCUUCUGGACGAUGCGGUCUGAAAUGAUGAUGCCCAUGGUGCGUUCGAUCGGGUACAUUCUCUGCAAAUGCUGGCGCGUCCUCUUCGACGGCCUGUACAUUGACACGGCGUCCAUCGCGAAGCUGCAAGACCUCGUCGCGCGCCUUGGACCGAACGUGAGCCUCGUCUUUACGCCGACGCACAAGUCGCACUUGGACUACCUCAUUGUGAGCUUUGUCUGCUUUGCGUAUGGCCUCCCGCUGCCGCGCAUUGCCGCCGGCAACAACCUCAACCUGCCGCUCGUCGGCCGGUACUUGCGUUCGAACGGCAGCUUCUUCAUCCGCCGGUCGUUCCAAGGCGAUACGCUCUACAAGAAGUGCUCACGUCUGUUUGUCGAAGGCGGGCGGUCGCGCCACGGCCGCGUCCUGUCGCCCAAAUUUGGCUUCUUCCACAUGAUUGCGUCCUUCUUGGAGAUGCACCCGCAAAAGGCGGUGGUCAUUGUACCGCUCUCGAUCGAUUACGACAAAGUCCUCGAAGUCCCCGACUACGUCGCGCAGCUCCUCGGCACCCCCAAGCAGAAAGAGUCCAUCUGGAACCUCCUCCAAUCGGUCGUCUCGCUUCUCUUUAAUCGGUGCGGCUUUUGCUACGUCCGCCUCGGCGCGCCGAUCACGAUGCACGCCGAGUCGUCCAUGGAGCAGCUCGGCGCGUCGGUCGUUUGCCGCAUGCAAACCGCCGGAACGAUCACCAGUACGUGCUUGGUGGCCACGAUCUUGCUGGCGUCGCGCGAUGCUCCGUUGACGCGCGCGCAGCUCGAGGCCCAAGUGUGCUGGCUGCAGACGACGCUUGUGACCCGGGGUGCGACGCUUGCGCCGUUCUCGAGUCUCGAGACGCUGAUUGACCACGCGUUGCGGCUGCUUGAUCUGCCAUUGACGGCGCCGUUUCUGCCGACGCCUCUUGAUGCGAGCUGCAUGCUGCGCUUGGCGUACUACCGGAACCACCUGCUGCACCACUUUCUCCCCGAGAUGUGCUUGGCGACGCUGAUCACAUCGUACGCGACCUUUACGCUGGCCGAUGUGGCACGGGAUCUCGCGCUGCCAUGGGCGUUGUGCACGCGACUGUGCCCCGGGGCAUCCUCGGUGCCCGCCCUCGACGCGUCGCACAUGCAAGCGUUCAUCGCGUCCGUGCCGAUCCAUGCCGUGGGUGACGGCGUCUACAACGUGGACGCCGCUGCGUAUGCAAAAGACCCGCUCGUGCAACUGGCCACGUCGCUCUUGUGGCCGUUCAUGGACGCGGUGGCGCUCGUGCUCCGCGUGCUCGAGUCGCACGUGGCGCUUCUGAACGACAAGCAUCCCGGGAAGCGGCAUCAGUUUUCCGAGCGCCACGUCAUUUCGUGGAUCCACAAGGAGACGCCGGUGGGCGCGAUCGACCAUGCCGAGGCCAUGAGCAUGGAGAACAUCAAGGUCGCGCUCCACGCGCUCGUCGAUAGCCACGUCGUGCUCAAUGACGCGCGGGUGUUUGAACUGGCGCCGGCGUACGCGAGCGUCAUGUCGCUCUCGACGGUGCGUCGGACGCUGCUCCGCAAGCCACGCCGGCAGCGGUGGCACGUCGCCGCCGCGAGUGGGCCGCGCGCGUUGCCGUGGGGACACCUCGCACUGCUGUUGCUGUAG